GUCCUUUACGCAGAAGCAGUCUAAUUUUCGGACGUUAUUAAUUAUGGAUUGGACAAACUGAUGUCGAAACUGACAACUCAACCGCGUAUUCAGGUGAACUGGGAGGAAAAAAUGGAUGGCAAGAAUCUUAUUCAACACGUUGAAGGAGAUAUGGAGGCCACCUCAUUCCCAUUUUCAGUGACCACCGACUGGCUGGAGGAUGGAAACGAAACGAUUGGGAAUCAGUUCCAGCAGCCUGACUGGCAGGUGGCUCUGUGGGCUAUAGCCUACUCCCUCAUCAUCCUGGUGUCCAUCACCGGGAAUGUCACAGUGAUCUGGAUUAUUCUCGCUCACAGACGCAUGAGGACUGUAACCAACUACUUCAUUGUCAACCUGGCCUUCUCCGACGUUUCCAUGGCAACCUUCAACACUCUUUUCAACUUUGUCUAUGCGCUUCACAACGACUGGUACUUUGGCCUUGGCUACUGUCGAUUUCAGAACUUCUUCCCCAUCACCGCCAUGUUUUCAUCAAUAUACUCCAUGGCUGCCAUCGCAGUGGACAGGUACAUGGCCAUCAUCCACCCUCUGAAGCCCCGUCUCUCCUCCACCUCCACUAAGGUUGUGAUCGCCAUGAUUUGGAUUGUAGCAGUCUUACUGGCUUUCCCUCAGUGUUACUACAGUGUGACAAUAUUUUACUACCCCAGAACCGUGUGCAUGGUCGACUGGCCUGACGAUUACGGAGGAACACAUCAACUAAGUUACCAGUAUGCAGUGAUACUGCUGAUCUACUUGCUCCCUCUGCUGGUGAUGCUGGUGACCUACAGUUUAGUCGGCCGAUCAUUGUGGGGAGGGCACAUCCCUGGAGAGGCAACAGACCAUUACCACAGCCAGAUAACAGCCAAGAGAAAGGUGGUGAAGAUGAUGGUUGUCGUGGUGGUGACCUUUGCCCUGUGCUGGUUGCCCUACCACAUCUACUUCAUACUGGGAUCAUUUAACAGAGACAUUUACAAACAGCAUUACAUUCAGCAGGUGUAUCUUUCCAUAUUCUGGUUGGCAAUGAGCUCGACCAUGUACAACCCUAUCAUUUACUGCUGUCUAAACCAAAGGUUUCGUGCUGGUUUCCGUCAUGCAUUCGCCUGGUGUCCCUUUAUCAAAGUGUCAGAGGAGGACAGGAUGGAAUUGCAGCACACACACACCUUCAGAGUCACCAUGACACGCAGCCACCGCAACAAUAGCACUCACACCUCCAUCAAAACAAACUUUGACACAAACGUGGCUGUCAGUGCUGAGAUAAACAAGGAGAGAGAUGCCUGCAUUCAGCUGAAAAAACAAACACCAUCGAAAACAUUUAGCACAAACAACGCGCAUGCGGUGAAGAGGCUGGAUGAUAUAAAAUCCCCAGCUGAAAGACUUUUGCAGCACAGCCACUGAGUGCUGAAACAAACCAUGAAGAGGUCGUCCUCGAUAGAAAGGAAACAGGGAUUUUGUACAGUGACAGAGCUGAUGAUUAAAUAGACCUCGUUGAGUAAAGAUGCUGCCAACCGCCGAGCAGAGAUAUUAUAAAUAUAUAGCAAAAUAUGGGGACAUUAAUCCACCUGGAAAACCUUGAAGUGAAGUGUUGUUCAUUGGACCUGACUCUGGACCAAUGACCUCUUUUUUUAAAGUGGGAUAUAAAUGAAUUCGACAACCAAGCUGAUGGAUAUUUUGCUCAUGCAAAAGUGGUCA